AUGUCCGCCUCCGAGCCCAUCGUGGUCGACUCCGACUCCGACUCGGACGUGAGUGCCACUUUGGCGCUUCUUGCACGUCUGACCCCCCAGGUUAUGAUCGUCGACGACCCCACCCCCCAGAUUGUCUUGCCCGGUGGACACGCCUGUAUCGCAUGCCACGGGCCUGGAGGCAUGUUCCGUCUUCACCCCCCCAUCCCCGAGGAGGAGGCCCGUAAAAAGCUGGACGAGGCUAUUGCGGUAUGCUACUGGAUGACAGUGUUACUGCUGACUGUUAAAGGACUUCAAGAUCCAAGUAAUGCGUAUGAUCCAGGUGGCCCGAGCCGGCCUGAGGAACGGACGCCCUUCGUGGAUCUUCCUUCAAUGCGCUCUCAGCAAUUGUUCGACAUUAUCUUCCCACCUCCCACCACCCUUACCACCACCCUCUUCCUCCCUGCCCGCUCUCUCCUCUUCACCUCGUCUCCAGACACUCUCGUCACAAUGACAUGUGAAACCCACCUCCUCGGCGCUCAAUGGCCCGAGAAGGUCCAGAGCGACAACCUCGUCACCACUGGCAAGCUGAGCACACUGUGCUCCAAGCAACUGGAGGACCUCGUUGGCGUCCCCAUGGCGACACUGAUGGGGUCGUACGUCACCUUUUCCCAGCGGCCACAGUGGCUCAAGGACGAGGUGGCCUCGCUCACAGCUGCCGGCCAUGUGCCAUCCUUCCCCCUCGGCGUCGACAACGCCGCCUGCGCCUUUCAAUCAGGAUACUCCACCACGUCCAUUGGAAGUCGCCGCCGGCUCGAGCGCCUGAACGUCACCAAGACCGACCCCGCAAGGGCCUCGCACUGGAUCUCGGUGGUCAGCAGCGCCCCCGACGGUUGGGAGCAGAUUGCCUACUACGAGGCACACAACCACUCGCACCGCGGCGACGAGCGCACACGUUUCCUCUCCAUUGGCGAGAUCGGAAACACGAUCGAUUUGGGAGUCAACCCCAAUUCGACGGCUCGCCAGGUGCCGGGCGGUAAUGUGAAGGAGUUUGGCAGCCAACAGCUGGACGUCAUCGUCAACGGCCCAACAGCUUCUUUGGCCCACAAGCUCGCGCUUGCCCGUCGGGCCAUCAUGGUCAUUGCCCACAAGGAGGGCGUCCGCAUCGACGCCGUGGGCGUCGAGUUCCUGUACGUCUCCGGCUUCACCAGAAACGUCAUGGAGUUCGUCCACUCGAUCAUGCCCAGCCACCCCUCGCAGGCCAUGUGUCAGGGCUUGAACAAGCCUUUCCGCAUGUCCUUGCGGUACCGCCCCCACCGCGCUUCAAGUACCGACUACUACUUGGAAUUCGACCAAGGCCUCUGGGGUGUUGCGAUGGGUGACGGAGACAGACUCGUUACCGGCUCCUCCCCUCAUGCCCACGACGGUCGCUGGCUCGUGCGUGCCCGUCACCACCACCUCAAGGUCCACGCCUCGUCACCGCCGUCCUGGCAUGAAGCGGGCCGCCAGGCUAAGAUCCACGGCUAUGUCGUUGUCAACGUCAUGCUUGUGCACAUCGGCGGUGGCAACAUCAGCUUCGCGUUCGCGGCCGACGGCGUCCCGUUCCGCGCUGGUGAAGACGGCCGCGCCACCUGGGACUGUCCCCAGCUGGCGACAGAAUUCCGGGAGCUUCUCCUCCGUGGCGACGACCCUGGGUUCCGCGCGAAGCUGCUUCGCCUGCGCGAUCUUGACAUCUUCCAGUCCGGCAAGGUCGCGCCUGUGCGGGCACGUGUCAUGUCGCAGGCUGGUAAGGUCGAGAGGCUCAGGGCUGUGCGGUACCGCGACCUCGGCGACGCUGCUCUUCAAACACUCGACAGCAUCAGGAGGCCGUUGGGAAACGCCAUCGUUUCCACGGAGCACGGGGGCACCACGGCCAAGGCCAAGGCUCUGAGUCUCAUUGGCUCGUUUGAAGCCCUGCGUCGAACCUACAUCCAGCUCAUGGACGUCUACUACGAAUCUCUUCCGGCCGACAAGCACGACGAGAUUAACAAGGUCAACAUUACCACCAAGGGACAACGCCCACGCACUGUCCUUCUCUCGACCGCAUUGUCCAUGCACAUAGAAGUUAUCACAGGCGCGAUCAUGCCUGGCAGGAAGUUUGCAAGCGGCAAGGGCGGCGCCGGCGGUGUGCCUCGCGACAGAGUCAUCAAAGUUACAGGCUGGGCGGCCACCCUCAAGCCCACAACCGUGGGCAAAGCUCUUGAACGACAUCGCAAAUGGCCGCGUUCAAGGCACCAAGUCGAUGACCGCGCCAGACCGCUCGGCGCUCGCCGUCCCCAAGAUGUCCGGCGCUACCGCCAGCUCGGCCACAAACCCAUUGCCGCCCCCGCGCCAUACGUUGAACCCGGCAAGGUCAAGGACGCCAGGGCCAAGGUUAAGACUGUUGGCGAGGAACUUCGCCUCCUCAUCGGCCGCCGCUUCCAGACGGAGAAAGGAUCUGCCGAGCGCGAGGCGCUCGUUCGUCUCGUGGACCAGAAGUGGGUCGAGUUUGGUGUGGCCAAAGACGCCAUGAAGGUCAUCGGCAGCUCGCCCUAG